AUGCCCUCCAGGGCCCGCAGUCUCUGUGUCAACAAGGAGUGGUAUCGAACGGGGAGCGACUCUUCCCUAUGGCAGUCCAUAGACAUCCCUCGGAAGAUGGCUCACCGGGUUUGGGACUACGAGCUCGGCGUCAUGCUGCGACGCGCGGGUGCAGGAAACGUCAAUUCUCUUCAGCUCUCUGGUUCCGGAAUUACGGGAAAGUCGCUCAUCAACAUCAUUCGUACCAAGGCACUUGCUCCCAGCGUCACGGAGAUUUCGGUCGACCAUUGCUGCAACCUGAAAGGCUGCGACAUCUUGGCCUUCCUUCAGGCUAUCUCGCCAUCGCAACCCUCCGCCUCCACCUCCUCGUCACCAGCACCAGCAGUGGCUUACUACAAUCGUUAUGGUUACCAACAAUCUGCAGUACCAGCUUCAGCUCCAGCUUCAGCACCAGCUUCAUCUGUCAUCCAGAGCUUCCGAAUGGACGGCUGUAAAUGCGCCACGGUUGCAGAGGUGGACGCAAUUCGGUCGCACGUGCGAAGACUUGAUGUGUCGCAGUGCGGGUGCGGUCGCAUAGCCUGCUUGAAGCACUGCGAGCAGCCGCGGUGCCCGGGGCUCUGUUCGCGCUGCACGGACGUGUUUGAUGAUUCCGGCCUCAAGUGCGGAGCCUGCACGCGUCCUCGAAACCCCCGCCAGGCGAUGCGAGUCCAGAUUCAGCGGAUUCACGCGAUCUUGGGUGGUGGCGAGGCGGCGCGAACCAGGUGGACUGACGUGCGGUCUGGCGUUGUCACUGGUUUGUCGAACCUGGUGGCCAUGGCGUUGCUGCUGCCAGAGUGCGUCGUGUGCGUGUCGGAAUUCGACGACGACUCCGCCGUGCCGCGCGUCCUCACGUCCUGCGGCCACUCGCUCUGCGCCACGUGUAUAGCCGCGAUCGCCGCGCCAUGGACCAUCCCCUCGUCCGCCUCUGCUAGUUCUUCCGCUUCCCCCGCAAACGCCUUAAUUCCCCCUUCGGGCCCGGCCUCCGCUCUCCCCUCCGCUUCUGCUCCCGCCGCUUCCGCGCCUUCAGCAGCCGCGGCUAGUGCGACGUCGUUGAUCGUGCGGUGCCCAGAAUGCUCCGUGCGUUCGCGCUCCGCGAACGGACGAGUGGACGGAUUUCCGAAGAAUAUCGAGCUGUUAAGAUUGCUUCACGCGAUCCGCAGCUCGAGUCGCACUGAAACAACCGCCGUUUCUGACGCAAGCAUUUCGAAGCAAGCGGAAAACGGUAGUGACGUUAGCAGCGUUAGGCAGAACAGCAGGCUUCGAAGCAUCAGCAGGAGGGGUAGUUUCCAGCACGCGAAAUUAGGGUCAGUGACGGGACGCGAAAGCAGUCACACAGCAAGUGGCGAUGCGUCUACACCGCAACAGGCACGAGAUUUUCCCUCAGCACCUCCUCUCUCCACCAACCCUCUGACCCAUCCCACAUCCAACCCCCAUCUGGUUACCACAUCGGUCACGGCACCUGUCCCUGACCCACGUCUGGUUACCACAUUGGUUACACUUCCCGUACCCAUGCCGCGUCUGGUUACCACAUGGAGCGAGGAGAAGGACUGGCGAUACUCUGGUGUACUGUCAUUGGCCGCGCCACAACCCGGUGAUUAUAAUGAGGAUGAUGGUGGAGCAGCAGCUGGUGACUGUAACGAGUAUGUGGUGUACAGUGGUAGUGGCGACCGCACUGUCAAGGCCUGGGCUCCCAAUGCGGAUGGCUCCUACUCCCUACUAGCGCGCAUGGAGGGGCACACAGCGCCUGUCUCCUCCCUUCAGGUGGAUUCUCAGGUGGUUGUCAGCGGAUCAUGGGACGGCACCGUUCGUCUCUGGUGGCGCCCAGACCACUCCCCCAUGGCCGUCCUCGUUUGUAGCAGCCCCACUACCAGCACAAAAGCUCUCGGAAGCAGCAUGGGCGCAGGGAUGGGGGGUCAGGGGGCGGGUGCGAGUGUGAGUGUGCGAGCAGUGGUGGUAGAUGAGGAGGGGGAUUUGAUUCUGUGCGCAAGGGAGGAUGGGCGAGUGGAGGUGUGGCAUGGCAGCAGCAGCAUCAUGCUCUUAACUCCCAGCCAUGCCAUGCCUGUAACUGCUGGCAGCAGCAGCGGCAGCAGCAGUAGCAGCAGCAGCAGCGUAGGUAACACCACACCCACUACCACCACCGCCAGCAGCAGCAGUGCCAGCAGCACCACCACGGAUGUUUCGUCUCCGCUGCCCGCGCUGCUGUCGCUGGCAGUGUGCCGCCCGCUCCUGGCUGCAGGCGCUGCUGAUGCCUCCAUCAUGCUGUGGCACAUGCAUGGGUAUGGUGCUGACGUCAGCAUCACCCCAUGGAGGCGACUCUCACAUGCCCAGCCACAGUCACACAUGCAGGGGCCAUGCACUGCCCUCGCUUUCGCUCCUUCCAAUGCUGCAGCCGCCGCAGCAGCUGCUGCUGCUGCUACGAGUGGUGCCACGGGCCAUGGCAGCAGUGAGUGGGGAGAUCACCUUGCAGCGCUGCUGCUGCUGUCGGGAGGGUUUGACGGUCGGCUGUGCGUGUGGCAGGGGAAGGGCAUUCACUGA